GGGGGAGGAGGGCUGAGGAUGAAGUCACCUGACUCCCUUUCAUCGUACAUCGAAGGAAUCAAAAUGGGCCCAACGCAUAUAUUCUUGGUGCUACAUUCUACGCGACUAUAUAUAUACCGCGGCUUAAUCAAUCAUCAAUGUACACACAACGCAAGUUAGCUGUGACGAAUUCGUGGAAACCAUGGCCAAGGAUGCAUCACAGAGCGAAGUAAGCUCAGUGGUCUCUCAUCUCAUUGACUUCUUGAACGUUUCUCCUACUGCUUUCCACGCCGUUGAUGAGGCAAAGAAGCAGUUGAGAAGCGCGGGAUACUCGCAAGUUUCCGAGAGGGAGGAUUGGAAAUUGGAAGCCGGGAAAAAGUAUUUCUUUACGCGGAAUCACUCCACGAUUGUUGCUUUCGCGAUCGGUAAAAAGUACGUUGCGGGAAAUGGAUUCCAUAUGGUUGGUGCUCAUACUGAUAGUCCUUGUCUGAAACUAAAGCCCGUCACCAAGGUAGCCAAAGGUGGGUAUUUGGAGGUUGGUGUCCAAACAUACGGAGGUGGCUUGUGGCACACUUGGUUUGAUCGUGAUUUAGCAGUUGCGGGCAGGGUGAUAAUCAGAGAAGAAAAAGAUGGUGCUGUUUCGUACUCCCAUCAUCUUGUUAGAAUUGAGGAGCCCAUAAUGCGGAUCCCCACCCUGGCGAUUCACUUAGACAGGGACGUCAAUGAUGGAUUCAAGGCCAACACACAGAGUCAUCUUCUUCCUGUCUUGGCAACAUCAAUUAAGGCAGAUCUCAGUAAAGUGGUUUCUGAAAAUGGUGGUGUUGAAAGUGGAGCUCAGACUGAUAAAAAAGAAGCUGACAAAAGAAUAGUCACUAAUAUCUCAAAGCAUCACAUGCUCCUAUUACAGCUCCUUGCAAGUCAGAUUGGCUGUAAACCAGAUGAUAUAUGUGAUUUUGAAUUACAAGCAUGUGAUACUCAACCAAGUAUUAUUGCUGGUGCCACAAAGGAAUUCAUUUUCUCUGGGCGGCUUGAUAAUCUCUGCAUGUCAUUUUGCUCUCUGAAGGCAUUGAUAGAUUCUACUUCUUCUGAAAGCAGUCUUGAGGAUGAGACUGGUGUUAGACUCGUUGCCUUGUUCGAUCACGAGGAGGUUGGGUCUAACUCAGCUCAAGGAGCUGGGUCUCCUGUCAUGCUAGACUCUUUAUCACGAAUUACAGACUCCUUUGGCCCAGAUUCUAAGCUGCUUGAGAAAGCUAUCCAGAGGAGUUUCCUUGUAUCUGCUGACAUGGCACAUGCAUUACACCCUAACUAUAUGGACAAACAUGAAGAUAAUCAUCAGCCAAAGAUGCAUGGAGGGCUUGUCAUUAAACACAAUGCAAAUCAACGCUAUGCAACCAAUGCGGUCACUUCCUUCAUAUUCAAAGAAAUAGCAGCAAAGCAUAAGCUUCCUGUUCAGGAAUUUGUGGUCCGCAAUGACAUGCCAUGUGGUUCAACCAUUGGUCCUAUCCUUGCAAGCGGUGUGGGGAUUCGUACGGUUGAUGUAGGCGCACCCCAGCUAUCAAUGCACAGUAUUCGAGAAAUGUGUGCUGUAGAUGAUGUGAAGCAUUCAUAUGAGCAUUUCAAGGCUUAUUUUCAAGAAUUCUCACAUCUAGACGCAAAGAUAACAGUUGACGUAUAGGCUUGUGUUGUGUCUGUCUUUGGAAAUUCAGCAUGGUUAUGAUGUAAUAAUGCUUGAAACAAUAUUAAAUGAACUGUUGGAAUGUUGUGGUGGAUCUGCAAAGUACUUGGCAGUUUUCAAAUAAAGUUAAAUUAAAAUCAAUGCGAGGAGUUUCAAAAUUC